CUUCUCCAUUCGGCUUCGUUAUUCCGCCUAAGCUCCAGUUCCAAACUGCACGAUACAAGACAGAAAUAGAACAGUCCUUUACUUAGCAUCUCAACAACACCUCCGAACUCCAUCUCAAGCCCAGACAGCCCUCACAGACCUCAUCGAACAACCAUGUGCAAACACGUCCUCAACGCCCAAGUGGCAAUCCGAUCCCCUUGCUGCAAGAAAUGGUUCGACUGCGCCGAAUGCCACCAAGAGACCGAAAGACAUCCCCUCCAGAAAGCCAGUGAGAUGGUCUUCGCCUGCAAGAAAUGCAAGAAAUGCUUCCGCAAGGACACGGCCGAAUUCGACGAGAGUGACGAAUACUGUCCCCACUGCGACAACCACUUUGUGAUCGAGGCGGUGACGCCGACCCCGACGCUACACGUGGAAGGCGAGGAUGCGCGAGUGGAUUCGAGAAUGCUAAAGGACGACCGGGUUCGCGGACAUCAAGAGAAAUCCAUCUUUAAUUUCAAGGAUAUUUCGGAUCGGUUGGGUUAGAACUAGAAUCGCUUCUGUCUGUCCAGGCUUUGAGAUGGAGGAAAAGCAGGGGGUUUUUUAACGAAGAUUUACGAUUUCAUGCUACAUUACUUUCUCUUUGUUUAUUUUAUUUUGAAUUGGUGUUGAGGGUGGGGGUGUAUAUUUCUCUUCUCUUGUUCAUACUGCCUUCAUACCAGAAAACAACCGUAUAGACUACGACUUGAAC